AUGAACUUGGACGACAUCUUAGAGGACGUCGGCAGCUUUGGAACUUUUCAGAUCGUCAUUGUCGUCCUGCUCGUUAGCCCGCAAAUCGUGCUCCCGUGUCACUUCCUGCUUAAUAACUUCAUUGCGGCGGUUCCCCCUCACCGCUGCGACAUCAGCCAACUGGACCACGGGGCUCUCUGGAGGAACUUGAGUGAGGCCCAGCGGGUGGCCGUCAGCGUUCCUCUGAAUGACGAUGGUGAGCCGCAAGCCUGCAGAAUGUUUGCCACACCUCAAUUCCAAAUGUUGGAAAACAUUUCUGAUGCCAACAAACUUCCCACUACCGCCUGUCAGCACGGAUGGACUUACCUGAACCACACCUUCUCCUUCUCGCUGGCCACCGAAUGGGAUCUGGUGUGCGACUGGAAACAUCUCCCCAAGAUGACCAGCACCAUCUUCUUCAUGGGGGUCAUGAUGGGCGCCGUGGUCUUCGGCGUGUUGUCUGACAAUUACGGGAGGAAACGCUGCCUCUUGGCGUCGUACAUCAUCGCCAUGACGUUUGGCUUCUGCAGCGCCUUCGCAAAGUCGUACGUGAUGUUUGCUGCUCUCAGGUUCCUGUCUGGGGUCGGACUGACGGGGAUCAGCAUCGUCUCCUUCACCCUCAACAUGGAGUGGGUGGACGCGGCCCACAGGUCGUUAGUCUGCGUGCUCGCUAGUCUGAUGUGGUCCUUGGGCAACAUGCUGCUUGGCGCCUCGGCCUACCUGGUCCAGGACUGGCGGGCUCUGGUCAUGACGGUGACGUCACCCCUGAUCCUCGCUACCCUCACGUGGUGGUGGGUUCCGGAAUCUUCCCGCUGGCUUUUGGCGAACGGGCGAGUGGAGGAGGCGGAGUUGUACCUGGACAAAUGUGCAGCCAUGAACGGGAGAGGGAAGUUCUCCUCCAAACUCAAACUGCAGGUGAAGUCCAGCAAGGAUCAAAAGUAUACGUACCUUCACCUGGUGAAGACACCAAAGCUAAGGCGGCUAACGCUAGUCAUGGGACUGGUGUGGUACGGCGUGGCGGUGACUUACUAUGGGAUCAGUUUGAAUAUCGUUGGCUUCGGCGUGAACAUUUAUUUAACUCACUUCAUCUUCGCCGCCAUCGAAGUUCCUGCCAAGCUGCUGAUUUAUGUUUUGAUUAACAAGAUUGGCCGCAGGAAGUGUCUCUCUGGAACGCUCAUACUGACAGGAAGUUGCAUCGCCAUCAACAUAAUUCUGCCCAAAGAUUUGUGGCAUUUGCGUUCUGCUGUGGCCAUCAUAGGUAAAGGAUUAUCUGAAGCGUCCUUCACCACAAUCUACCUGUACACCACAGAACUGUACCCUACUGUACUCAGACAGAACGGUUUAGGCUUCACCAGUUUCACGAGUCGAGUGGGCGUGUCGGUGGCGCCGCUCAUCCUGCUGAUGGAGGAGGCGUGGCUUCUCCUUCCUCAGGUGGUCCUGGGCGUGGGCGCCAUCGUGUUCGGCCUGGUGGCCAUGUUGCUGCCCGAGACGCUCGGCGCCAGGCUGCCCGAGACCAUCGACGACGUGGAGAAGCGCGGAAGCCCCGCCCCCACGGAGCCCUCAGAAGACGACAAAGUUCCAUGUCCUCAAGUUGUCACGUGGGCCUCGUCAACAACCUUUCAAGGUGAGACGGACGGUCACAUGACCCACCUGUGCGGCGUUUGUAGUGACGGCGUGGAGGACGCCGACAACUGUUGUCACUCGUAA